AAGAGGUUGCAGGUUCGGCGUCUACCAGUCACUGUGCUGAACUUGACUGCGAGGUCAAAAAUCAACAUUAAACAGGCAGUCAGUGUCUCUCGAAUGCCAAGAUGCGGAUUUCCAUCCUGUACUUCUACCUCUUCGCUGCAGGAGCAGUGAGCGUCACCGGCGCGUCAUGGGACAUCCUACAGAAAAUCCAAAAUUAUUUUACGGGCGUGCGAGAGCAGCUGAUAUCUCGUCUCGUGGUCGCUGACGAGUUCGCCGCCUUCAACGCCUCCUUCAAGAGCCUGCUGGCGCGCGGCAAUCUGAGCGCCUUGUCCGAGGACGACGCGGCGCUUCUGCCCGUAGAACUGUGGCGCAUGUACGGGGCAGGGUCUCUACUCACGCUGAGGAAUGACACGCGGGACUUGGUGACGCCGUAUCUGUCGCAGCGCGUCCUGAACGAGAUGGACCUCCUGCAGAGAGUCAAUGUCACCCAGACCCAGGCCAUCGACAGGCUCAAGACUUUGCUCAGAAACACAAGCGCCUCACGAAUGGAAGUGGCAUUGCUUCUGGAUAAGCUGGGGGAUUCUUGGGAAUGGAAGGAAGCGAAUAUCACCAACCUGAAGCCCAUCCUCUUCUACCUGCCCAUCGCCAUGCUCACCAACCUGCGUGACUCGCGUGCCAUUGCCAGGCUAUUCAAUGAAGCCAAUCUGUGUAUGGACAACUUGAACACAAAGUCGGCAUCAUGCCCGAGUCAAGCCGAACUUAAUGGCGAAGGGGGCACCACUCGUGCCCAGUACAUGUUGUCGCUGCAGGCGUGGCUCAGAGAGAAGACCUACGGCGACCCCAGGAACUGGGACCGCGACACCUUCCAAAUGCUCAACUUCAGCAGCUUGCCCGACUUCGUCUUCAUGCGACUCCAGCCUGAUGUCCUCCUAUCCCGGAAAACUGAGAUCCUUGCGAUGAUGCGCGGAGGACUCAAGACGCGGGCGCUGGGCCGCUACGUCGUCGAGAAGAUCUUCGAGGCCGAGAACGUGACGCGGAGAGCCAACGUCCUACAGUCGCCUGUCUCACAGCAGGAAAUUGAAAGAAUCAAGGCCGUGAUCAGCCCGGUACGCACUGCAGGUCUCAUGCAGUUCGUGUACGCCACCGACCUGCCCAAUGAGGUGCUAGACGCAGAUAGCAAACGCAUCCGCAACGAGACCGACAACUUCACCACCGCUGCACUGCAGGACGGCUCAAUCGAUGCAUUGGUACUGGAAAACAGCAUGAAGAGCUUGCUAAAGUCCAAGCAGAACUUCACCGUCGAUCAAAUCCGUUCCCUGGGGAUGAACCGACUGGCACUGGCGUCGGGCCUGAUGCUCAACAGCACGCUCAAAAACUACGCCAUCUUCGCCGAAGACCUCAAGAAUCUCGUGACGACCAUACGAUACACGGCCGGCAGCGCCGCCAGGGGAAAACUGAUGAUGAUCAAGAACAAAGUGUUCGAAGUUGGCUCUAGUGGAGGAGGAACAUCGCUGGAUCUGAACAUCAUCCCUGACGAACUCUUGAACGUGGCGCCCAUGCGGUACCUCGACGAGGCGUCCAUGUCACUAACCAACAGAAUGUCCGCGCUUGGCAGAAACGCCACCUUUAACGCGGCCCAGAUGUCUACCCUUAUUUCUGGGAUUGGAUCAGACCGACUGAAGUUCAUCUCCAGCAAGGCUAAAGAAGCCAUUCCUACCAAUGUUUACAAGGACCUUAGUAAGGACGCCCUGAAAGAUGGGACGAUCGGAAUGCCACCCUCAUCCAAGCUGGGUCUAAUGUUAUCUGACAAAGCAUUCAAGACGGGCACGACUAUAAACGUCGACGACUUUGCGGUGAUGUUCAUGCAGGCGGUGGACGCCAGGAACAUCCCGACCUCCAACAUCGUCCAGCAGUUCGAAAACAUGAAGGACGGCUUCCCCACACGUCAGGCGUGCUACGUGCUCAAGGACCUUUACGUGAACUACACCGCGACGGAGAUGAUGACGCAGAGUGAAGACGAGGCCUUCCAGCUCCUCACGCCCUCCGCCAUCGAGCGCAUGCCCAUCUGCGUCGUCGCUGCCUUUGGCCCGGACCGACUUCGUAGCUUAGACGACGUCAGCAAGACAAUCCUGCUGGACCGCGUCGUCAUGAACAGGAGGGCGGCGCUCAUUUUCCCUUCAGUCAGCCGCGCUGCCCUGCUAACCAUCGUGGACGAGGGCCUCAAAGCUAAGGGCCGGCCGAGCGUGGUGACGGGUGCGGACGUGAACACGUACGGGGAAAUUCUGCUCUUCUUCCCCACGGACCUGAUGAACAACGUGACGGCUGAGGGGGCACCUCUCGCCCUCGGCAUCUUUAAUUCGCUGGCGGCAAGCGUCCUGAUGCCGUGUCUGGACGCAGGACGGAGAUCUGCCAUAGCUAACCUCAUCACCAAGUACAAAGGCGAUGACCCGACGACAUGGCGGCAAAUGUCGGGGCUGUGUUGCCUGCUGUACACGCUGCCGUCGGGGACGCUGAGCCGCAUCCCCCGCGGGGCCCUCAUGUCCUGUCGCUGCCACAUCGCCGACCGCGCCCAGUACGCCUCAGAGGACGAGGCCCGACAGAAUGACUGCCGAACCAACCUCGGGGGAGACUACGACGCCGAGCUCUGGCAGCGCGACAACGUGCGACGUGUGCAGGCCUGGGCGGCGCUGGACAUCCUCGACCCUUACACCAUCCCCGGCUACAACCCCAGCGGGAGGAGGAAGAGGGCUUUGAGCGACGUCGCGGUCUGCGAUCGCGCGUCGGUGAGCGGCGUAGACGACAUCACAGAAAGCGAACUGAGCGCCGCGUCCACCAGCGACAUCAUGCAGUGCCUGGGGGCGCUGGGGGCCCGCUACAUGGACGACACCAAAGCUCAGAUCUUGGCCAGCAAAGUGCGAAAAACACUGAGCACGCGGUCGUGGUUUGCACUCGCGAACGACCUCAUGCGUGACAUGAACUUCAUCAUGAAAGGCAUCCCGGCUAACGAAAUUUCUGACCUCCCUUCGUUGUCUCCUCCGGCUUCCUUCUACGACACCGUCGUUGUCUUGGGCAACGAGAAGAUGAUGUUCUCCGAUGAUCAGCUCCGGGCGUACGCUGACAAGGUGCUCACGACAUGGCGUUCGCUGGCCGACAUGUCGGACAAGCAGCUCGCCAUGUACAACCGCCUCCUGUGCGGCACAAACGCCUCUCUCAUCAACACCCUCAGUGCUGAGCGCGUCGGGAACGCGUUGGCUUACCUCGGCGCAACACUGGAUGGUUGUAGUAAAGAAGUUUUGGCACCUCUCGCUUUGAAAGCGAGCAACCCUCGCUUGCUAUCUAGAGCGCAGGUACGGGAGAUGGGCGUGGUGUUUGCCGGGAUUCAACCAGACAAGAUCGGAGGUAUCGAGCCUAGCUCCUUUGUCGGUCUCGCGCCCGCUGCCAUGCGCGCCAUGACCAGCGACGCCAUCAGAGCGAUGACUUCCUCGCAGCUGCGCAGUCUCUCUACCACGACAGCGAUGGCCAUGAGUGCAAGCGUCCGGGACAGCCUGUCGGAGAAACAAAAAGCUGCUCUCAACAUGGUGCUGGGGAAGAGCGGGGCCUCCGGGCGAGAGCUGUCGAAUGCGGCUGUUCUCCUGACACUGCUGAUGACUAUUUACCUUUCGUAAAUACCAUGAAAUCAGCAAAAACGCCUUCAAACAUUGGAACUCCUUGUUCAGUUUUGAUGGAAAUGUUCAGUUACAUGUUCCUUCCUUUCACAAGUAAUGAAUUAUUAAUUGACAAAGAUGUACAUCACGAGUGGAACCUUUCCUAGGUCUAAAUAAGCACUCUUCGUAGCGAGAACGAGUAUUAUUCGAAAUUUUAGUUAUAAAUACAUAAUUAUACAUC